ACAUGGUCGACCAAUGUAGGCGAGGACAUCAUCACCAACGCCGCCAUCGAAGAAGGGGCGAAUCUGAAGCGAAAGAAGAGAUGAGCGGCGGCAGCGACCUCCCUGAAGAGAUCCUGAUCCAGAUCCUCCUGAAAUUGCCCGUCAAGUCACUUGUCCGAUUCCGAUGCGUCUCCAAGUCGUGGGACUCCCUCAUCACCCACCCAUCCUUCGUCUCCCUCCACCUCCGCCACGCCAUGGCGGGCCACGACCGCUCCGUCAUCCUCCUCCGGCACUACUCCCUCACCCAGCGCAAGGAGCGGAACACCCUCUACCUCGACGGGGAGUCUUUCUUGGAGCACCAGGAGCUCGAAUUCCCCUUGAAGACCCACGACACUUACUACCUCGCCGGCUCCUGUAAUGGGUUGCUCUGCUUUUCCGACUAUAUCAUCAACAACCUCCAGGUAAUCCUCUGGAACCCUUCCCUCAGGAAGUGCGUGCAGUUGCCGAUCCCGCGGUUCAUUGAUACUGAUCUCACGCACACGUAUGUUCUCGGGUUUGGGUUCGAUACGCGGCGUGUCGAUUACAAGGUCGUGAGGUUGAUUUACAUUCUGGGGAAGAAUUGGUCCGUGAUAGUGCCACCGGAGGUUGAGAUCUAUGAGCUUAAAACUAAUGCUUGGAGAGGGAUCCAGACGGCCGUUCCUUAUGUCAUACCAGAAUCUUCGUCGCAGGCCUUUGUGAAUGGGGCUAUCCAUUGGAUUGGGUAUAACCCAGCUGAUAGGCGAUUGAAGGUGGCUUCAAGUCCUAGGUCGAUUGUGGUAUUAUUCGAUAUGCAGGACGAGGUGUUUGGGGAAAUGGAGUUGCCGAAAGGUGGGGAUUAUGCGAACAGGCUGAAUUUGUCGCUGGCUGUGCAUCAAGAUUUGAUUUGCUUGUUGCAUUGCCAUCCGAUGGAAGAAGAUGGGCAUCAGUUGUAUGGGGUUUGUUGGGUCUGGGUCAUGAAAGAAUACGGCGCAGCAGACUCCUGGACUAAGCUGUUUACCAUUAACAUCAGUGAACACGGCGGGAUCGGGAGGAUUUUAGGUUUUAGGAAAAAGGGGGACGCUCUGCUCGUGACUCACAAUGACGAGCUGGUUUCAUAUGACUUGAGGGGUCAGAGAAUUAGUCGGCUUGGAUUGUAUGGUGUUGCGAGAUCUUUUGAAGUCAUCCCAUACAUGGAUUGUCUAAUUUUAGUGUGAGGAGAGCACACACUCUCCAGACAACCAUAUUUCAUGGCUGGUUAGGUUGUAGGUAGAUUAUGUUGGAUUUCGCUCUCCUGAAGGAGUGAAGCAUAUGACACAAAUAAUGGAGAACCAGAGUGAUUAGAGAUACUUAGACUUUAGUUGUUGUAUACGGGUUGAUUGCUGUUUUCUCUAGAAGUUAUUCUGGACUAGUGAAGUAUGUCCUUUUACUUAUCUGAAUGAUUUUUUAUUUUUUGGGAGUUUCAGAUGGUUGAUUGGAUGUAUGCUACUGAAAGUUGGGGCUUCUAUUGCUACUGCCAGUUGCCCUAGCAGAAGAAUGAUAAUAAUUUCUUUGUUCCUGGUC